CAGAAAAUGAAUAGCCAGUAUGUGCGCCAUGAGGUCCGUGGAUGUGAAACUAGUAACCUGAGAAACUUCUGGGAAAAGGCAAUUGAAAAGCAAACUCAGUACCUGCAAACUGAAAAAGAACGUCAACAAAAGAGUGCUCUGACCAAAUCUUUAUAUCAUGUUCCUAGACUCAGAAAUGAAUGGAUGGAAAGGCUGGAAAAAAAGCUAAAGAUGCUGAGGACCCAAACUGAAGAUUCAGCUAGCUGAAGAUCUCAGACCUCUUCUGCAUUUGAAAAAUAAAGAAAACUGUUUUG